AUGCUCAAAUUUCGAGCCGCCUUAACGGCCUCUGUACAGUGUGGCGGCUUUGAUCUUCGCAGACAGCGCCUCCACGCCCGGGCCAUGGUCAAGCAGAAGGCAGCCAAGCAGUCCGCAAAGAAGAAGGCGAAGGCGAAGGCGGCCGCAAAGAAGAAGAUUGUCAUCAAAAAGCCCCCCCAUAUCACAAUCGACGCUUUCAAAUAUGUGCUCUGCUGGAAGGUCGAGGUCACUCGGACAGAGUGAGCUCACAUUGGAAGACCAUUGCACACAAAAACCUGGACAAAGACACGCACUGACGUUGUCACGUUGUGUAUGCGUGUCCGGCAGACACAUCAAGAAGGACGAUUUCGAGCGCGAUGACUUAUAUCGCGAGGGUCGCUGCGAGAGGGAGACGGUCGGCUACUUUCGGUCGGUGCGUGAGGCCCGCAACGCUGCCCGUGAUCGAUUGCGCCAGGAGGUAGAGGAUGGGCUGAUGUACGAGGAGUCCAUAAUGGUGUCUGACAAGGACGGCGUGUGGAGCUGCACCGGGUCGAGCGGCGACGACGAUGACGAUGGGUUGUGGGGGGACGACGGGGAGUGGGAGGUUAAGGUGACGGUCCAGGAGGCCUAUGCACCGGACAACCCGAUUGACGAUAGUGAGCCGCACGUUGACCGAAUGAGGGGACGUGCAAGCACAGCGUGUGUGCGUGUACAGGUUGGGAGUUUGACCGUGAGGAGAAGCCUUUCGACGGCGAAUAUGGUGACGACGAGGAGGAGGAAGAGUGAUGUAACGUAUCCGUUCACAGGGUCGUGACGGGAUAAAGAUGGUCGUCUGUGGCUGGGGUGGGUAUGGUGCGGUCUGUGUGACGAAGGUGUGACUGGUUCUAGCUUCUUGCUGCUCUGAAUGCCUCCCUCCUAGGUGUGUGGGUGUGUCCAUGAG